AUGGUACUUCCCUCAAUCUUUCCAUAUAGUCCUUCUUCCCAUCCCUCCUUCCUUCCUUUCCAUCCCAAGUUUGUCGGCUCAAAUUCUACAAGAAAGUGUGGGCCCCCUCCACCUAUUGACAAUGGAAACACGACUUCAUUCCCGUUGUCACUAUAUGCUCCAAAUUCAUCAGUUGAGUAUCAAUGCCAGAACUUGUAUCAACUUGAGGGUAACAAGCGAGUAACAUGUAGAAAUGGACAAUGGUCAGAACCACCAAAAUGCUUACUGAGACCUUGUCAUUUUCCCGACAUUAAACAUGGAGGUCUGUAUUAUGAGAGCAUGCGUAGACCAUACUUUCCAGUACCUGUAGGAAAAUCUUACUCCUAUUACUGUGAUGAACAUUUUGAGACUCCUUCAAGAAGUUACUGGGAUUACAUUCAUUGCACACAAAAUGGAUGGUCACCAGCAGUUCCAUGCCUCAGAAAAUGUUAUUUUCCUUAUUUGGAAAAUGGAUAUAAUGAAAAUAAUGGAAGAAAGUUUGUACAGGGUAACUCUAUAGAAGUUGCCUGCCAUCCUGGCUAUGGUCUUCCAAAUGAGCAGACCGCAGUUACUUGUACGGAGAAUGGCUGGUCUCCUCCUCCCAGAUGCAUCCGUGUCAAUUCUACAAGAAAGUGUGGCCCCCCUCCACCUAUUGACAAUGGAGACACGACUUCAUUCCCACUGUCAGUAUAUGCUCCAGGUUCAUCAGUUGAGUACCAGUGCCAGAAGUUCUAUCAACUUGAGGGUAACAAGCAAAUAACAUGUAGAAAUGGCCAAUGGUCAGAACCACCAAAAUGCUUACAUGCGUGUGUAAUAUCCCCAGAAAUUAUGGAAAAAUAUAACAUAACGUUAAAAUGGACAGCCGAACAGAAACUUUAUUUGAGAACAGGUGAAUCAGUUGAAUUUGUGUGUAGAUCUGGAUAUCGUCUUUCACCAGACUCUCACGCAUUGCGAACAACAUGUCAGGAUGGGAAACUGGAGUAUCCAACUUGUGUAAAAAAAUAUUGAUCAUAAAAUGCACACCUUUAUUCAGAAUUUUAGUAUUAAAUCAGUUCUCAAUUUCAUUUUUUAAGUAUUGUUUUACUUCUUUUUAUUCAUAAGUACAAUUUUGGAGUUGAUUUGUGAAAAUGUAAUUAUAAUCUGAGACUGGUGGCUCUCUUCUUAAAAGCACCAUAUUAAAACAUGGGAAACAAAA